CCGUCAAAGAUAAAAUGAACUAAUUUAUCAAAAUAUGAAACUAAUUAAAGUUAACAGCUUUAAUUCGUGUCUCUCUUUUCAAGCCUCUCUCUCCAUUGUCAGGGUUCCUAAGAAUCUUAUUCUUUAGUGACCCUCUCUUUCUUUCAAUCAAAGGAUCAUAUGGCCAGCCUUGGUGACAAAAGUGAGUGUGAAUGGAUAGAGAGAAUCAAAUCAGAGGGGGCUGUUCCACUACUUGAACCAGAUAAUUGUCAAAACGGUUGGGCUUCCCCACCUGGAGACAAAUUCAUGGUAAGAGGUCCAGAUUACCUGACAACCAACGUUAAAAUUCCUGCUGAAGAAUGCCUUCUAAAGCCUCUUGGAUUUGACUGGAUUAAAGGUUCUACCAAGAUUGGGGAGAUUUUGAAAAAUCCAAAUAGCCGCAUAAGGAAGGUUAUUGAUGAUGAGUUUCCAACUGGUGAUAAGCCUUUUGUUUGGGCAUUUAAUCUACAAGCACCUGGCAAGGAUAAUUAUAGUGUCGUGGCCUAUUUUGUUGCAACAGAACCAAUUCCAGAGGGAUCCUUGAUGGACCAGUUGUUGAGAGGGGAUGAUGGGUUCAGAAAUUCAAGGCUCAAACUGAUUGCCAACAUUGUCAACGGCCCCUGGAUUGUAAGAACGGCAGUUGGGGAGCAGGCUGUAUGCAUAAUUGGACGUGCCCUUACCUGUAGAUACUGUGUAGCUGAGAAUUUUUUUGAAGUAGAUGUGGAUAUUGGAUCUUCUGUGGUUGCAAGUGCAAUUGUUCAUCUUGCAUUUGGUUACAUCACAAUGCUGACUGUCGACUUGGCUUUUCUCAUUGAGGGUCAGACUGAGUUGGAGCUUCCAGAACGACUCUUAGGUGCUGUCAGGUUCUCUGAGCUAAACCCUGCUUCUGCUCACUCAUUUGAACCAUCGUCAUAUGGAAGUGCUGAUAGUUUGCAGUCAUCAUUUUCAACACUUUUCUGGAAAUCUAUUGGCCAGGGGUUUUCUCAAUUUCUUAAUCCAGGUGCUCAAGAGGGUGUUUCUACCACUGGCUUGGCCCAUGUUAAUGGAACUUCCAAUCAUGAAGACUGUAGUGAUGAUACAAAGAAAUGAUGAAUCAGCUCCUACUGGUCGACUGUGCAUACAUUGCCAUAAGAAAAGCUUAAUCCUAGAUUAUGGAGGAUGACUCAAGUGGCAAAGCAUCCAAUGUUCAUAGCAUCUGCUGCUCUGUUUGAUUCAUGAGAUUUCUUGCAGUUGUGGGCAGACGGUAUGGAGUUUAUGGCAGUGAAAGAGUAAUAUAUCAUUUGUUGGCAGUAUAGUAAAUUUAUUGAUUGAUAGUUGAUUUUUAUAAAUUUUCUCUGUUUAUAAUUAAUUAAUAUGUAUACGAAUAGUUGUAAUAUAUCAUUUAUAAACUUUGAGUUGAUAUA